UUAAUUUAACACGGUUGUUAUUGCUACCGAUUAUCAAUUGACGUUCAUUACUGUCAUUACUUUAUUUGUAAAUGUAAUCUUUUUAUAAAUCAUUUAACAUUACGACUUUAGAGAUAUUGCACGUCCCCCGUUUUACUCUGGUAUCGUAUCAAAAACGAAAAUUCGUCUGAGAGGUUAUACACGCGAGGAGCGAGUGUAUAUAGGCGAGCAAAGGCGAGCAAUUAGAGUUUCUAAGGAUGAUCGGUGUAUUAAUCAUAGCGAAUGCUGUUUUUCGCAGGUCCUGUAUAUGUUCAGUUAGCAAUUUACGGAAUGUGUCCACCUACACACAUCCAUUGUGUUUUCGAACGACCGAAACACUUUUAGGAGAACCACUUAAAAAGAAGAAGAAACUUGAUCCUGCCAUUGUUAGGGUCAGAGAAGAAAGGAAGAGAAGGAAAUUGGAGAAAAGAAUCCGGGUUUUGGAAAAACAUUCUGGUUACAUGAAGCCGAUUUUCGAGAUCAAUACACUGCCUGAACUAAUUGAGAAAGAGAAUAGAAGCUGUCAUUUGACGGUACCGCUAUCAGAAGAGGAAAUCAAGAGAAGAUACUUGUUAGAAAGGGAGUGGUCCAAGUAUAAGCAGAACCAAUGGUCGAAGAAUCUACACGUUAUAAAAUCUAUGACUGUUUCACAAGAAAUAGCAUUGAAAGAACUAAAGGCUGUCUCGAAACAGCUUUACAAGAAAGCAGUUGCAUUUGAUAACUUAUGUUUGCCAUAUAACGCAGUUGGACCAGCGCAUACUCCACCAAUAAACAAUUACGAUAGUCCUGACGGCGAAUACACGGAAACCACUAUUAAAUACCCAGGCGAAUAGCUGCAUAAAAGUGUAAGAGAACGACUGGAUGAUCGUAAGAA